AUGGCUUACGAAAUCCAUGAGAUCUACAACCAAAUCGAGGGCACCCAAAUUGUGCCUAAACAAGAAGCCAUAAUCGAUGCCGUGAAUGAUGAGGGCGACAGAAACCUUAAUGAAGACAUUCAGAUUGAUGCAGAUGGGGAGGAAAACGAUGAAAUAAAUUCCAACGAAUCUCACACCCCGACCCAUUAUGUUCCCCGGUGGUCUAAGAUAGCUGCAAAUUUGCUAGGCCGGACAGACAACGAGAUCAAGAACCAUUGGAAUACGAAGAUCAAGAAACUCAAGAGAGAAAACCCUCUUCUUCUUCCUCCAAUUGAACAGGAAAGUGAAGAAAUAAAAUUUGAUGAUAAGAAGAUGGAUGGCGAUGUUAAUGGCGGCAGCUCAUGUCUAAUGGAAAUGAAGGAAGAAAAUUAUGAACCUGCUGGAGAGGCAAGUUAUGAUGAGUCCUCCAAGAAUUUUGUGAGCUUUGGUCCUUGGCUACAUGAACCUUUCCUCUAUGAUGGUUUCAGUACCCCUUUUGGACACUGCUUUCCAUGA